AUGACCGACGAUGAUCUGCCGCCACCUCCUCCUCCUAUUAAAAUUGAAUCCAAUUCUCCCUAUUUCCUUGGUCCUCAAGACCGACCCGGGGAUUUCAUCACACCAACUCGUCUAAAAGGCAACAACUAUGAAGAAUGGGCAUCUGAUAUUCAAACCGCACUUGAAAGACGGCGUAAAUCCGAAUUCUUGGAUGGAACAAUCAUGGAGCCGCAACCUCCAUGUACAAAAUCGGACUGGACAGCUAUUAAUGCCAUGUUAAUUUCAUGGAUUACGAACACUAUUGAUGCUAAGAUUAAGUCAUCUCUUUCUAAAUUUCGGGAGGUAAAGCCCUUUUGGGAUCACCUCAAACAGAGGUUUGCACAGACCAAUGGUCCACGGGUACAGCAGCUUCGUUCGUCUCUCGCAAAGUGUGAGCAAACUAAAACCAUGUCUGUGUCGAUUUAUUAUGGAAAAUUACAUGCCCUUUGGCAAGAAUUAGACCAUCACGAGCCCUUGAUUUCUUGUGAUUGUUGUUCAAAGUGCACGGCUGGCCGUAUACAUGAGGUUAGGCGAGAACAAUCUAAACUUCAUGAUUUUUUGAUGGGUUUGUAUGCGGGCUAUUACUCUGCCUUGAGGACUAAUAUUCUGUCACAAGACCCAUUGCCUAGUCUUGAUAGGGCAUAUCAACUCGUGACACAGGAAGAACGGGAGCGUAGAGCGAAGCAAGAAAUUGAGGAGAAGCAGCCAGCCGAGGCAGUUGGUUUUGCUGUUCGUGCUGCUCCUACUGGAGGUCGAGGCAUUAAAACUUGUUCACAUUCCACGGCAGAGUUCGGUCAGGCCUUUUCCACCGAACAAUGGAAGGCUCUUUCCGGGUUUUCGGGUAAUACCAAAAUUUCUGACAACCGCCUAAAUGGUAAGUUCGAUGACACUAGUUGGAUUAUCGAUACCGGAGAAACCCACCAUGUCACCGGUAUCAAGUCAUGGCUAUUCGAUACUCAUACUGUUCACUAUCCCAUGGGGUUACCUAAUGGUGACCAUGUUCUUGCUACUCUAGCCGGUUCUGUUUGCUUGAAUGACAAAAUCACAAUUUUCGGAGUUCUUUUUGUUCCAAAUCUUAAUUGCAAUUUAAUUUCAGUCUCUCAAUUAAGUGAUCAGUUAGAUGUUGUUGUACAAUUUAACUCACAUAUGUGUGCUAUACAGGACCGACUGAAGGAGCCGAUUGGAACGGGUCUUAGGCGAGACGAGCUCUAUUAUCUUAGCAAACCGGAUGUGGUGCAACGUGUGUCUGUGGUUGAAGCUACAUCAGAUUUGGAUCUUUGGCAUAGACGGAUGGGGCAUCCUUCGGAAAGAGUAGUUAAGUUGCUUCCUCACAUUAGCAAUAAUAAAAGUAGUUUAGCAAAAAGAUGUGAUGUUUGUUUCCGUGCUCAACAUCAUAGAGAUAAAUUUCCUUUGAGUGAUAAUAAAGUUUCUAGAAUUUUUGAAAAAGUACAUUGCGAUUUGUGGGGUCCAUAUCGACAUUUUUCGUCGUGUGGAGCUCGUUAUUUCUUGACUAUUAUUGAUGAUUAUUCCCGAGCUGUUUGGAUUUAUUUGUUGAUUGAUAAAACGAAGACAAUUUAA